AUGAAGCGCCGGAGAUUGCGGUCAAAGCAGCGGCCCCCCCCAUGCUACGAGCAAAUCGAAGAAGUCGAAGACGGCCAUGUCCUACCAGAAGCUGCCACUGCAGCUGUUGCCGUUGGCGAAAGUCAGGCAGACGGCGUGGACCCUGCCGAAGCGGCGCGCGCUGAUACAGUCGCAGCCCUGCCUGACGCUGUGGGCAGUGAUGGCAGUGAAAAUUUGGAUUCGUGUGAUCGUUGGCAGUUGCUUGGCAAGUACAAGACUGUGCAGGCCUUGGUGGCAGCUGAAACUGAUGAGCAGCUCCACAGCCUUCGUAUCAAUGUGAUUUUGGCAGAUAUCUUGGCAAAAGCGGGUGGCAAAGUCACCAUGGCAGAACUGUUGCAGGAGAAAGACGACUUCAUCUCAGCUGCAAUGACUGCAGUGCCGAAAGAGCUCUCUCGGCGCUUACUUCGUGCUGUGAAGAAACCACCAGCUGCUGCUGGGCGGCUGUCACAAAUAGAUUCACAAUGUGUCCAAAAGACUUACCUGCUUACCUUCUCCAACCUGGAUCCAAUCAAUGCCCCGACCAGGGAAGCCAUCCUUGAAACCGUUUUGCGUGCAUUUGACACUGGUUCGACUGCUUGCGUGACGCAUGCCUGUGUUUUCCGGGAGCAGCACGGCAGUGGAAAGUGGCAUUUUCAUGUGGCUACUGCGUUGUCGGAACCUUGCCGUUGGGUGGGAUGGAAGAAACAGUUGGUCAAAGCCGGCUAUGUUGCGCACUUUCCAAACAUGGCGAUUGAGGACCACAGCAAGCACCGCAAGAUGCAGUAUGCCCAUAUGUUGCGGUACCUCUGGUUACCAUCUGAGCACAAGGGCUUGUCGGCCUUGGACAAGGACCCAUUGUUGUGGUGCUGCGGGGGCCGGAAGCAUCCGCCACUUCUGGAUGCGAUUAACGGCGCGCUGGACAGCGCUGCAGUUGAAGAGAAGGUGGCCGAGCGUUUUUUGCAGCGUUGGGCUGCCGGCAAGCGCGGGCCAUGCAAAUUCUCUGACUUGGAGCUAUGGCCUAUUGCGAUGCAACUUGGCCUACAAGCCGAUGACCCUGUCCUUCUUGCUAAACUCCUGCAGCAUGGACGAAAUUCCGGCAAUGAGAGGCUCUUGACGUAUCUCUUCCGCAACAGUGGCAGCAUCCGAGAGAAGGUUGGGAUGUGCUGUGCAUUGGAGACUUGUGACCAAGUCGUUGCAGAUGCCCAGACAACUACUUGGAAACGCUUCACUUCUGCCUUGGACCAGCCAUGUUGUUGUGACAGAACGUGGGCGCCAGCUGCCCGUGAGAUUCUUCGAAACAAUGGCAUUGACGAGGGGGAGCUUUGUCAACAUUUGCGGUGCGCGCUUCUGUCCGGCCUCCAGAAAAAGGGAGACGUCUUGUGCUUUACCGGCUCUGGAAAUGAGGGCAAGAGCUUCGUCCUGAAACCGCUGUCUAUGAUUUUCCAACGAGUCUCUUGGCGUGGUACUUUCCCAUCGCACGCUCUUUGGUUUUCCAUUUUCCCAGAGCUCGAAAUCAUCCCCCAAGAGCUUUUGAGAGACAAGUCCGAG